UUGAGCCGUGGCUGAAGAGGAAAAGUUCAAGAGGUAAUACCAAAGUCCAAGAGGUAUGGGACUGCGCUGGAUGGGAAGCAUGAAUACGUCCUCUGUAGCACUUCCUGCCCCCGUUGUCUUGUGGAACCCCGAGUCCUAUCUCGGCCCUGCAGCCCUCCUCCAUGCCCAAAAGCUUUAUUUUGAGCAUGAUCAUCUAUUGCUUCAAUCAUCAGUCAUUACUCCGUGGCAGGAAAGCAAGCUGGAUGUUUACGUAAUGGACUUGGUUGCUCGGGAUUCUGGGAAGCAUUCUGGCCCGUACGCGGAAGAAUAUAAUACUCGUCAGCUCUUUGAAGUAGAAAUUACAACUACUGCGUUGGCUUAUUAGGCCACUGGCCACGGAGUAAUUGAUUAAUCUACUCGUUAGUUAAUGUACUAACGCCAUCAGAUUAGCAAUUGGUUGAUACAGAACCAAACCAAUCAUCGAGGUGAUCUCCAAGCAACCAGUUUUGAAGCUUCAGUAAACUGUACCAAGAACUUCA